AGAGCGAGACGGAGCAUCAGGGUGCAGCAUGCUGCCUGGCUCCCGUUCCAAUUCCAGCCUCUUCAGCAGCGGCGGCGGCGGCGGCAUCGGCAUUGCUGAGGCCAAGAGCGCAGGGCCAAAGGGGCACCCUAAGGCGGCGGCGGCGGCGGCGCUGGUGGUGGUGGAGGAGGAGGUGGAAGAGCAGGGAACAGCAUGGGUCGCUUGCGGGGCGGCGGCAGCGGGGGCGCCUUCUGGCUCCUGGUCCUGGCGGCGGCAUGCCUACUGCAGCGUGCCCAGGUGAGGAAGCCGGUCCGAUGCCCGGCCAAAUGCACCUGCACCAAAGAAUCGAUCAUUUGCGUCGGGUCGCCCAGCGUGCCGCGAAGCAUCCCCAGCGACAUCAGCUCCUUAAGUUUGGUAAACGGAACCUUUCCUGAAAUAAAAGAAAGAAUGUUUUCACAUCUUCCUUCCCUGCAUUUGUUACUUCUGAAUUCAAACUCAUUCACUGUCAUAGCAGAUGAUGCCUUUGGUGGUCUUUUCCAUCUAGAAUACCUGUUUAUUGAAGGAAACAAAAUAGAAACCAUAUCAAGAAAUGCAUUUCGUGGCCUCCGAGACUUGACACAUCUUUCCUUGGCCAAUAACCAGAUCAAAACUCUGCCAAGGGAUGUUUUUGCUGAUUUAGAUUCUCUGAUUGAACUAGAUUUAAGGGGAAAUAAGCUUGAGUGUGACUGCAAAGCCAAGUGGUUGUUUUUGUGGUUAAAGAUGACAAAUUCUACUGUUUCUGAUGUCCUGUGUGUUGGCCCAGAGGAAUUUCAGGACAAGAAAUUAAAUGAUGUCUCAAGUUUUGACGAUGAAUGCACCACAACAGAUUUUGUGAUUCAUCAGAUUUUACCCUAUGAAUCUGUUUCCAUUGACACGUUCUACUCGAAAAAUGAUGUGUAUGUAGCCAUUGCCCAACCCAGCAUGGAAAACUGCAUGGUGCUAGAAUGGGAUCACAUUGAGAAGAACUUCAGGAGCUAUGACAACAUUACUGGUCAGUCCAUAGUGGGAUGCAAAGCUAUCUUGAUUGACGACCAGAUUUUCGUGGUGGUGGCUCAACUUUUUGGUGGCUCACACAUUUAUAAGUAUGAGGAAAGCUGGACAAAAUUUGUUAAAUUCCAGGAUAUUGAAGUUUCCCGCAUUUCAAAGCCAAAUGAUAUAGAGCUUUUUCAGAUAGAAAGUGAAACAUUCUUCAUCAUCGUGGAUAGUUCAAAAGCUGGUUUGACAACAAUUUAUAAAUGGAACAAAAAAGGAUUUUACUCUUACCAGUCCCUGCAUGAAUGGUUCAGAGACACAGAUGCUGAGUUUGUUGAUAUAGAUGGAAAAUCUCAUUUGAUCUUGUCAAGCCGGUCACAGAUCCCCAUUAUCCUUCAAUGGAACAAAAACUCAAGAAAGUUUCUCCCACAUAGUGAUAUCCCCAACAUGGAAGAUGUGCUGGCUGUGAAAAGCUUUCGAAUUCAAGAUACCCUGUAUAUCUCACUCACAAGAUACAUUGGUGAUUCAAGAAUAAUGAAAUGGAAUAGCAAACAGUUUGUGGAGAUUCAAGCUCUCCCUUCCCGGGGAGCAAUGACUCUUCAGCCCUUCUCCUUCCAGAAUAAGCACUACCUAGCAUUGGGAAGUGAUUAUACCUUCUCCCAAAUAUUCCAGUGGGAUACUGAGAAGAAGAUCUUUAAAAUCUUUAAGGAGAUCUACGUGCAGGCACCUCGCUCAUUCACAGCUGUGUCAACAGACAGUAGAGAAUUUUUCUUCGCUUCCAGUUUUAAAGGCCACACACAGAUAUUUGAACACAAAAUUGUUGACUUGAGUUUGAGCUGAAAAGCUGAAGAAAGGAAGUGGGAGGAGAAAACACAUGCAUAAUGACAUUUUCUCAGAAAAGCAAAUGAAAAUGGCAGUUUUUUUUCUCACUUCUUGUCGGGAGGAUGUGGCCAUCCUAUUAGUGAGCAGUUUUCUGAACUUUUAAAAAGUUUGCAUAUUUAAUCAGGGAUUGCAUUAACUUGGUUAAUUGCAUGUCAUGCUCAUGUUACCACUGGUAAUCCUACUAUUAUUCAGAAAAGUGUGCAAUGCAUCAAAAUUAAUCCUAACUCACUUAUAACAACACUUAAAAUUUGUAGCUGGAAGUGGAAAAUGAGAAAAGUCUGGAAAGUCACUAUGCAGAAACUUAAGAAGACAAAAACUUCAAUAUGGGGAGCAACCCAACAUUGAGCUGGGUUGACCUUUUCAGAACUGGUGUUUAACAAGCAACACCACAUGCUUAUUUGCCAAUUGUAAAUUAUCACCAAGAUGAAAAAGCCCAUCUUGUCAUCUUUGCUUCAAUGAAAGUCGAGAUCAUAUGCCCUGGCGUCCUUCUUGGCCCUUGAAAGCAGCUAUUUCAAGAGAAGCCUCUAGAGGCCAUUGAUGAAUUUUGAUGUACUGAAAGGUGGUCCCAUUUCUUAACAUUUGAAUGCCUGGUCAGCUUUUGGGAAGACGGACAUGGUGCAUAUGUAAUCCACUCCUAAAGGUGUCUCCCCAAAGUUGCUAGGUAGGUCACAGACGUACAUUCAGCAGCCCAGCAGGCUCUGAAUCAAUUCAGUUAAUAGCCACCCUUUUUGUUGUUGUUGUUUAGUCAUUUAAUUGUUUCCGACUCUUUGUGACCCCAUGGACCAGAGCCCA